CUAAACAGCGACCUUAGUUCUGCUGCUACAUGUGACAUUGACAUCAACAGAGGCACCAUGAGGCUGACCGCUCUCCUGUCGAUGGCAGCCCGGGUUGUGGUGCCCAAAGAUUAUCGUUACGGCACCAACAGGCCGUGGACGGAGGCUGCUAAGAGGCGGAAUCCCCCGGGGAAGAGGAGGAGGAAGGUGUUCGUGGAGCCGCUGGAAGCAGAGGACUGGACAGUCCUGAAGGGAGACAUGGUUGAGAUUCUUGCUGGGAAGGAGAAAGGGAAGCAGGGGAAGGUGACCCAAGUCUUCAGACACAGAAACUGGGUCAUCUUGGAAGGGUUGAACACGCAUUUCAGGUUCAUUGGGAAAAGCAGAGAUUACCGUGGAACCUACAUCGCCAGCGAGGCUCCUUUGCUCAUCAAUGAUGUCGCACUGAUUGACCCAUCAGACAGGAAGCCCACUCAGGUGGAGUGGAAGUACACAGAAGAGGGCGAGAGGGUGAGAGUUUCCACCAGGACGGGCCGAAUCAUCCCUAAACCUGUGGUGGAACGGAGAGACGGCAUUGUGCCUCAGCAGUGGAAAGAUGGACCCAAAGACACUAGUCCUGAAGACACUCUUGAAAAAACCUACGUUCCAACUCUGAAAACUCUGGAAGAGGAGGUCAUGGAGAAACUGGGUAUUCAGGAAGACAGGAGGCACCAGAAGUCCUAUUGGUACUGAACAUAACUGUCAGACUUCUACCUCCUCAUUCUGUUCGGUUCUUAGCGGCGCGCUGAGCAUAUUCUGCCAGGAGUCUAUUUCUUGGUCGGAUUACAUCAUUAAUGGAAGACACCUUAAGGAGGCCAAACGGACUUAAAAUUUGUGUUUCUGCAUUUAAAACAUUUGUGAACGUUGUAUCUGUGCAACAUGUUUUUCCUGAAUUAUUCUAGGUUGUUUUUUUUUUUUUUCACCAUAAUAUGGAUUGUUUUCUGGCCUGUGUUUUAUUGCCAUUCAGUAAAAAGAUGUAUUAAAUAUCAAAGUGGAAAACUUUUAUUGUGAAAAGC